AUGUAUGUAAACAAAAUUGGGUUAAAUUGGGUAAACCAAUUGGGUAAACAAACCUCCGUUGCUGAUUUGGAGCAAAUUACAGUGAAAAAGAUACGAAAUGCGUUACAAGAGCUUUUUGAAGUAGACUUGAAACCACACAAAAAGGAAAUCAACAAAUUUAUACUCGAUCGAUACUAUAGUAUGCAAAAUGAACAAGCACGGAAAGAAAAGGAGGAAGUAGAACGAACAGAUGCUUUGCUAGCAGCAAAAUUACUGCGAGAAGAAUCGAGUAAUGGAGCCGGCACUAGAGCAAGUCGAACAAAACGUCGAUCAUCAAGUACCAAUGGUUCAUCACCAUCUUCUUCUCUGAAACCGACAAAACGGGCCGCGCCAAACAAUGCAUUUAAUAGAGAGAUGGUUUUGAGUUCAGAUCUACAGAAUGUGAUUUCAGAACUGACAUGUUCAAGACCGCAAGUGGUGAAGCGAUUGUGGGCAUAUAUCAAGGACAAUAAUCUUCAAAAUCCAACGGAUAAACGACAAAUCAUAUGCGACGAUAAAUUACAACAACUAUUUAAGAAAAAAACGGUUGGUGCUUUUGAGAUGAAUAGGAUCUUGAGUAAACAUAUUUUCAAACCUGAAGAAGUUGAUGGAGAGUCUGCUCCAUUGCCAAAGGAAAAAGUGAAUUAUGAAGAAGAGCGGGAAGACCUGCCUGAUGUAGAGGCCACUGCUCAACAACUAGAGGACGAGCUUAUUUCAGAAGAAGAAUAA